AUGGAAGACGGCACGAAAUCUCUUUUGGAGUACGGUAUUCCUGAUACAACAACCGGACUCCUCUCAAGCAUUGUCAGACCACCUGUCACUGCUCAGAACUUCGAAUUGAAACCACAAUUCAUUCAAUUCAUCUCCAAUGAUUCGUUUGCAGGCACAGCUCAUGACUGCCCAGUGAGUCACAUCGAUAGUUUCUUGGAGAAAUGUGACACUAUGAAAUUAAAUGGUGUUACAGACGAUGCUCUUAGACUUCGCCUUUUUCCUUUUUCAUUACGGGAUAGGGAAAAGACUGCAAGGUUGAGAAACGAGUUAUCCACUUUCAGGCAGUCAGAUGAUGAGUCCCUAUAUGACGCAUGGAGGAGAUUCAAGCGUUUGCAGAGACAAUGCCCUCACCAUGGUAUUCCUGAAUGGAUGUUGAUCCAAACUUUCUACAAUGGUCUAACUCAUGAGUUCCGAAUCUACAUUGAUGUUGCAUCUGGGGGUUCUCUACUGACUAAGAACCCAACUGAGGCGAAGGAACUAGUUGAGAAGAUGGCGGCUAAUGAUAACUAUCACCCAGGAGGCCGAAAUAGUGUGAAAAAGGGUGGUAAAUUAGAUGUUGAUGCUCUAACUCUUUUAACUAGCUCUAUGCAGGAAUUAACAAGCAAGUUUGAUAGACUCCAAGCUGGAACAUCCACUAGCUCACCUGAGACUUGUCAAAUGUGUAAUGUGCAAGGUCACAUUGCACCCAAUUGCCCACAAAAUUCAAAUGACAUGUCGAUUGAGGAAGCCAAUGCAUUCUACACUUCCAACCCCAAAAGGCCAUAUGACCCCCACUCUAACACAUAUAAUGAAGGUUGGAAGAAUCACCCAAAUUUUUCCUACAAGAAUACCCAAGCCCAACAAAAUCCACCUCCACCACCACCUCGAAACAACAACUACAAUGCACCACCUGGUUUCCAACCAAGGCCACCUCCAGUCCAACAACAUAUUCAACCACCUCCUCAAAAGUCUAACCUUGAACUAAUGCUGGAAAAUUUUAUCACCACAACCAACGAUUCCAUCCAACAACAAAAUGGUUCCAUACAACAGUUACAAGCCCAGAGUAAGCUCAUGGAAAAUCAGAUAAGUCAACUAGCUCAUCAAGUUGGCCAAUCUUUAAAGACACCGGGCACUUUUCCGGGUCAGACAGAGCAACCACAAAAGGGGCAUAUGAAUGCAGUAACUUUGAGGAGUGGGAAGCAAUUGGAAGAUCCUCCUAUCAAGGAGCCAUCAAAGGAGGUUGUUGAAGAAGUAAGCGGGUGUGAGAAGGUGAUUGAUAGUUCUAAGAUCGAGGAAGAGCCAAAGAAAGCAACUCCACCACCUCUUGCUCCAUAUGUGCCAAAUGUUCCUUUUCCGCAGAGGUUAGCCCAAGCCAAGUUAGAGAAGAAGUAUGGUAAAUUUCUUGAUAUCCUUAAAAAGCUUCAUAUAAAUAUUCCAUUUUUAGAUGCCAUAUCUGAGAUGCCUUCUUAUGCAAAAUUUUUAAAAGAUAUGCUUUCUAAUAAGAAAAAGUUAGAGGAGAAUACUACAGUUGCUUUGAAUGCAGAGUGCAGUGCUAUUUUGCAGAACACUCUCCCUAAGAAAUUAGGAGAUCCAUGUAGCUAUUCGAUUCCAGUGAAGCUUGGGGACAUUGAGAUUAACAGGGCAUUGUGCGAUCUUGGUGCAAGUGUGAGCCUCAUGCCACUGUCCAUAUGUAAGAAGCUGGAAAUGGGUAAACUCAAACCCACACGCAUAUCCCUGCAACUUGCAGACAGGUCAGUGAAGUUUCCUUUGGGUGUACUUGAGGAUGUACCUCUUCGCGUAGGUAAGUUUUUCAUACCCUGUGAUUUUGUUGUAAUGGAAAUGGAAGAAGAUGUGAAUGUUCCAAUCAUACUUGGUAGACCUUUCUUAGCUACUGCAGGUGCAAUCAUUGACAUGAAGAAAGGUAAGAUUACUUUUGAAGUAGGAGAUGAAAAAUUGGAAUACUCACUUCUGAAUGUUAUGGGUACUCCCUCCAUGGGAGACACUGUACUAAUAGUGAAGGAAGAUGGUGAUGGAGAUUGGGAAUCAAGAGAGUGUGUCAGGCUGCUUGAAGAAGCAAGGGCCAACCCGAGCGUGAAUCCAAUCAGAGAAACACUGAGUGUAAUGAGUAUUGGGGAGAGUACUAAGCCUCCCGAGGUAGAGUUGAAACCUCUCCCUUCUAACUUAAAGUAUGCAUAUCUUGGUCCAAAUAAUUCAUACCCUGUCAUUGUUAAUGUUGAACUCAAGGACACAGAACUGGAGCAACUUCUCAAUGUUCUGAAAACAUAUAAAAGUGUUAUUGGGUACACCAUUGAUGACAUCAAGGGUAUCAAUCCUUCUUUCUGUAUGCAUAAAAUCAUUCUUGAAAAUGAUCAUGCCUCUUCUGUAGAACCUCAAAGAAGACUUAAUCCAAAUAUGAUGGAGGAUGCCAUUCGGAUUAUGUAA